AUGCUACGUUUUCUCGCGCUGAGCCUCGGCAUCGCCGUGGCCCUCGCCAGCACCGCCGCGUUUUCUUCCGACCGAGCACAGUCAUUCCUUGUCGAUAAGCACCUUUCCGGAAUUCCCUUUGUGCUCCCCCACUCUUGGGCCGGAACACUGCCCGUGAGCGAUGCUAAAAACGACUCGCAAAAGCUUUUCUUUUGGCUGUGGGAGCCUGCAGGCGACCAAGGCCAUGACGAUGUAGUCGUUUGGUUAAACGGCGGCCCCGGCUGUUCGUCCUUGGAAGGCCUCCUUCAAGAAAACGGCCCCAUUUCGGUGGGUGGAGAGGCCGAUGCGGUCACGGUCAAGCCCAAUCCAUACAGCUGGACCAACCUGUCGCAUGUUGUCUGGAUCGAGAGCCCUGUGGGCGUGGGCUUCACCGAGGGCACGCCGUCGAUCGACAGCGAGCGUGGGCAGGCCAAGCAAAUGUACGGGUUCCUGCAGCAGUUCUUUGCUACCUUUACCGAGCUGCAAGGCAAGCGUCUGUGGCUCACCGGCGAGAGCUAUGCUGGGAAGUACAUUCCUUACAUUGCCGACGAAAUCUACCGCCACGACCAAAACGCGAGUGGCAUCAACCUGCAAGGCAUUGCCAUCAACGACCCGAGCUUUACCACCGACUUUCUCGGCGAAGAAGCGCCCGUGUACCAGUUUAUAAAGCACCACCGCGACGUGAUGCAACUGAACGACACGGCGCUGAAGCUGGUGCAUAACGUUGCCAAGAAGCAGGGCGUGGCUACGUAUGUCGAAGACAACUUGCACUACCCGCCGAAGGGCAACAUUUACAAACCUGCGCAGUGGAACAGCAGCCUGUCUGUGUUUGACGCUGCGAGCCGCGUUGCCAGCAAGACCAAGUGCUUCAACCUCUACAACAUUAAGCCAGACUGCGGUUCCGUGACCGAUGCUUUGGGAAUGCCACUCGACACACAAGUAGCAUCGAAGCACAACUUUUUGAAUGCACACCCCGACCUGAAAAAGGCGCUGCAUGUGAAUGUGAGCAAGGCAUGGCUAGAGUGCACAGAUUCCAGUGUGUUUCUGGGAAAGCACGGCGAUACGUCUGCGCCGCCGGACAGGACUGUGCUCCCUGGCGUGAUUGAGAAGAACGUGCGGACGGUGAUCCAGCAUGGGACGUACGAUAUGGUGUUGAUUGCGAAUGGAUCGGCACUGGCGAUCCAAAAUAUGACGUGGAACGGCAAGAUGGGCUUCCAGACGAAGCCCAGCACGCCGCUCAAGGUCGAUGGGAAGACCGCCGGCGUGUUUGCAAAGGAGCGCGGACUGACGUUUGUCCAGGUGGCCCAGUCCGGCCACAUGAUCCCGCAAUUCAAGCCGGAAGCGGCGUUCAAGUUGCAGCAGUACUUGCUCGGCCAAGUCUCGGAGAAGGAGCUGCAAGAGUAG